GAGAGCUUUUUGCUCUUAUCCAAUCAUGCCUGGAAUGCCGCUUGUCACUUGGGCUAUUUCUGCUAUCUGUCGCUCUUGGUGCCGCAGUGCUAACGGUUUGGCAGGUGGGACACAUUUUCUUGGAGUUGGUGUCUUUGGGUUUUGACUUCUGGCAGUGCCGGGCUUGUUGUUGCCUCUCGCCCUCUCCCUCCCGGCCCUCCGGUCACCAUGGCCCAUCGGCUUCGGUUUCAUUUUGGCUCUGGUCGCAGCAACACAGCCCCCGAGUCAGAGAUCCUAGACCAGGGGAGAGAAGAAGACUUUUUCAUGGCAUUCCACACCCUCCCGCGGAGGGGCGGCCCGCACCCCUUCACCCAGAACACAGGGGAGGACGGCGGCGGCCUGCAAGAAGGCGUGGGCGCGCUGAAGCGCAGCACGUCCAUGUUCAUCCCCCAGCUCCUCACCGGCGUGGACGCGCGCCCCACGCGCAGCUCCUCUGUGCAGAUCUCCCUGCAGCGCAAGGCCACCGAUGCAGCCACCGAGGGCUGCGGGCCGCCCGAGGGCCCCGAUGACCGGCCACCACCUAGCAUUGCAUCCGACCUCGGCGACCAGGCCAUCACCUCCACAGCCACGAGGGCCUCAUCUCAGAGUGGCUUGCAGGAGCCCUUGCCAGAGGACACCCCGGAGAGCUCACCACCUAGAGUAGCUCGGGACCCAGGGCCCCAGGUCAACGGCACGUGCGGCCGCCGCGUGCGGUGCCCGGGCCCUGUGGAUGGCACGGAGGAAGCCACCCCAGGCCUGCGCAUCCAACACCGGGCCUCCAGCGCCGACGUGCGCCAGGUGCGGCUGCUACCCUUCGGCCUCGAUGGCCAGGCCACACCUGAGCCCAGGCGCUGGUCCCUGCAACACGUUCCAGAUGCUGCUGGAAGCUCUGGGAAACGAUGCUUUGUCUUCCAGUUGCAGCAGCCCCAUCAAGGUAGUGCUCCAGGGCUAAGCAGUGAUUUCAAUUUUGGCUUCACAGGCACAAAGGGGGACAGGUUGGUGAGGUAUCCCCGCAUUCGGCUGGAGAGGAGCACCUCGUAUCCUACCCAGCCCCGAGCAGGCCGGGGGAGUCCCACGGAAGAGCGGGGAGCCCCGGAGACACUGCCUCGGGCCAGCCGGAUGGCCCCUGAGGUCCGCAGGACGAAUUCCAUGGAGAGGACUCCGCAGGGUCAAGGCUGCAUGUUUAAGAUCAGGCAAGAUCAAAACGCAGGGCAGCAGCAUUUCCGAAUUCUUGUGACUCGGGGGCCCGAAGAAGCUCCCCAGAGUCCAGGAGAAGGGACAGCCGACAGUCCCGGUCCCCCUGGAGCGGGCGUCCCGACACGAGACGACUUCCUGGGUCAGGUGGACGUGCCUCUUAGUCACCUUCCGACAGAAGAUCCAACCAUGGAGCGACCCUAUACAUUUAAGGACUUUCUCCUCCGACCUAGAAGCCAUAAAUCUCGAGUAAAGGGAUUUUUGCGGUUGAAAAUGGCCUACAUGCCGAAAAACGGAGGUCAAGAUGAAGAAAACAGUGAGCAGAGGGAUGACACGGAGCAUGGGUGGGAAGUUGUUGACUCAAACGACUCAGCUUCUCAGCACCAGGAAGAGCUUCCUCCUCCUCCUCUGCCCCCAGGGUGGGAGGAGAAGGUGGACAAUUUAGGGCGCACCUACUACGUCAACCACAACAACCGGACCACACAGUGGCACCGACCAAGCUUAAUGGAUGUGUCCUCUGAGUCGGACAACAACAUCAGGCAGAUCAACCAGGAGGCCGCACACCGACGCUUCCGCUCUCGAAGGCACAUCAGCGAGGACUUGGAGCCCGAGGCCUCGGAAGGCGGGGAGGGCCCAGAGCCUUGGGAGACCAUUUCAGAGGAAGUGAACAUGGCGGGAGACUCCCUCGGUCUAGUACUGCCCCCGCCUCCAGCCUCCCCGGUGUCUCGAACCAGCCCUCAGGAGCUGUCAGAGGAGCUGAGCAGAAGGCUUCAGAUCACUCCGGACUCCAAUGGGGAGCAGUUCAGUUCUCUGAUUCAGAGAGAGCCUUCCUCCAGGCUGCGGUCCUGCAGUGUCACCGAUGCGGUUUCAGAGCAGGCCCACCUACCACCGCCAUCGGUGGCCUAUGUACAUACCACGCCGGGCCUCCCUUCAGGCUGGGAAGAAAGAAAAGAUGCUAAGGGACGUACAUACUAUGUCAAUCAUAACAAUCGAACCACAACAUGGACUCGACCAAUCAUGCAGCUUGCAGAAGAUGGUGCCUCUGGAUCAGCUACAAGCAGUAACAGCCACCUAAUCGAGCCUCAGAUCCGCCGGCCUCGUAGCCUCAGUUCGCCAACAGUAACUCUGUCUGCCCCACUGGAGGGUGCCAAGGAUUCACCCAUACGUCGGGCUGUGAAAGAUACCCUUUCCAAUCCCCAGUCCCCUCAGCCGUCACCUUACAACUCCCCCAAACCACAACACAAAGUCACACAGAGCUUCCUGCCACCCGGCUGGGAAAUGAGGAUAGCUCCAAAUGGCCGGCCCUUCUUCAUUGACCAUAACACAAAGACCACGACGUGGGAAGAUCCACGCCUGAAGUUUCCAGUACACAUGCGGUCAAAAGCAUCUUUAAAUCCUAAUGACCUUGGCCCUCUUCCUCCUGGUUGGGAAGAAAGAAUUCACUUGGAUGGCCGCACAUUUUACAUCGAUCACAGCAGCCAGGUGUUGUGUGGAGAGAAUGAUUCCAGACAGUCAGUGCCCUCGUACGAUAGCAAAAUUACUCAGUGGGAAGACCCAAGACUGCAGAACCCAGCCAUCACUGGUCCGGCUGUUCCUUACUCCAGAGAAUUUAAGCAGAAAUAUGACUACUUUAGGAAGAAAUUAAAGAAACCCGCUGAUAUUCCAAAUAGGUUUGAAAUGAAACUUCACAGAAAUAACAUAUUUGAAGAGUCCUACCGAAGAAUCAUGUCUGUGAAAAGACCAGAUGUCCUCAAAGCAAGACUGUGGAUUGAAUUUGAAUCAGAGAAAGGUCUAGAUUAUGGCGGUGUAGCCAGAGAAUGGUUCUUCUUGCUGUCCAAAGAGAUGUUCAACCCCUACUAUGGUCUCUUUGAGUACUCUGCAACGGACAACUACACACUUCAGAUCAAUCCCAAUUCAGGCCUCUGUAAUGAAGACCAUUUAUCCUAUUUCACCUUUAUUGGAAGAGUUGCUGGUUUGGCAGUGUUUCAUGGGAAACUCUUGGAUGGUUUCUUCAUUCGACCCUUUUACAAGAUGAUGUUGGGAAAGCAGAUAACGCUGAAUGACAUGGAGUCUGUGGACAGUGAAUACUACAACUCUUUGAAAUGGAUCUUAGAAAAUGAUCCUACCGAACUGGACCUUAUGUUCUGCAUAGACGAAGAAAACUUUGGGCAGACAUAUCAAGUGGAUUUGAAACCCAAUGGGUCAGAAAUUAUGGUAACGAAUGAAAACAAAAGGGAAUAUAUUGACUUAGUCAUCCAGUGGAGAUUUGUGAACAGGGUCCAGAAGCAAAUGAACGCCUUCCUGGAGGGAUUCACAGAACUGCUUCCUAUCGAUUUGAUUAAAAUUUUUGAUGAAAACGAGCUGGAGUUGCUGAUGUGUGGCCUCGGGGAUGUGGACGUGAACGACUGGAGACAGCACUCUAUUUACAAGAAUGGCUACUGCCCAAAUCACCCUGUCAUCCAGUGGUUCUGGAAGGCUGUGCUACUGAUGGACGCCGAGAAGCGGAUCCGGUUACUCCAGUUUGUCACAGGGACCUCCCGAGUACCCAUGAAUGGAUUUGCUGAACUUUAUGGUUCCAAUGGUCCUCAGCUGUUUACAAUAGAGCAAUGGGGCAGCCCUGAAAAACUGCCCAGAGCUCACACAUGCUUUAAUCGCCUCGACUUACCUCCAUACGAAACCUUCGAAGAUUUACGAGAGAAACUCCUCAUGGCCGUGGAGAACGCUCAAGGAUUUGAAGGGGUGGAUUAAGGCCUUCAGCCUCCAUGGCACGGUCCGCCCAGCAAGUUCCUCGUGCACUUUUGCAUUUGCCUAACAGACUUUUGCAGAGCCAGCACAGACAGCAGCUACACAGCCCGGCCUGGCUCUGGGAGCCGAACCUCCUCCGGGCCCAGCCCAAGUUCCACCGCGGGGACACAGCCCUGGCUCGACUCCCACCUCUUCCACCACCAGUGCUCAACUGGUUGAUAUGUACACUAACUACAUUUCCGGAGGACUUGUCCUAUUUAUGUGUGCCUCUGCAGGCAAAGCCCUUAAUAAAUAUUUUGCAUACUUUCUGAGACAAUGAAUGGGAUUAAUCACUCUACAGGUAUAGUAUUACAACUCAUGUUUACUUUUUUAAAUGAUUUAGAUCGAUUCUCAGAUUUUAUUUCAUUACAAUUAAAGAUGUCUCAUGUACUUGGAAAAGUGAGCAUUUUUUUUGUAUUUGGAUUUCACACCAAGCUUAAUGUCAGUGACAUUUUUAUUUUUGAAGUACUUUCACACUCUCACUCUCUACUU